CCAAUGGCAGCUUAGCCUCCCCAAUAACCAUUUUUUUUUUAUAUUUGAUUUACCUUUUUUUUCCCCGCUGACCCCUUACCAAAGAUGUCUCAUGAUAUGAAUAACAGUAAAAUGUUUGAAACAGAGGAUCCUGCCAAUGACAGUGGCAAUGAUUCUGAUUCCGAGAAGCCUGCUAGACGUUCUGGCAGAAGAAAGAUCAAGAUAGAGUAUAUUGAGGACAAAAAUAGAAGACAUAUCACCUUUUCUAAAAGAAAAGCCGGAAUUAUGAAAAAGGCUUAUGAAUUAAGUACUUUGACAGGUACUCAAGUAUUACUAUUAGUUGUUUCUGAAACCGGGCUUGUGUAUACCUUUACAACUGUUAAAUUACAGCCUAUUGUGACAAAACCAGAAGGAAAAAACCUUAUUCAAGCUUGCUUAAAUGCACCUGAUCCAAGUGAACCUUCUACGUCUGGGGACGCGUCUUAUUCAAACACUUCACCUCAAGUGAAUGACGCCAAGUCCAAGUUUGAAGACACAAAGCCUGAACCUCCAAAACAAGAGUUGACUCAACCACCUAAUACAAGAUAUGGUGUGGGAGGAGGAGCACCUGGAUAUGCUUCUUCACAAUACGCACCUGGUGCUCCUAAUACAAACAAUACGGGUAGUCAUUUGCCAUACAACUAUCCUACUUAUCAGCAAUCAAGUCAACAGCAGCCUUCUCAAUAUGGCAUGCAACAACCAUUCUAUGGUAAUCAGCAGCCUCAUUAUAUGUCUUCUCAACAACAGCAACCAGGAUACUGGCAGCAGCAGCAACAACAACCUCAGCAACAGCAGCCACCUAAUACGAACCCACAGGCAGCCUUAACAAAGCAAGAGGAAGAUAAAUCAAGGAUCAAUUGAGGUUGAUGUUUCUUUAUGUUUUUUUUUAUGAAUGAGCUUAAUAAACUGUUAUCUUUAUCAUUUUAAAAGUUAGUCUCGACAUCAUUAUUUACAGAAUAAGCAAUUGAUAACGAUGAAUAAUGGAGUGUUGGUUCUAUAUGUCAAUCUGAUGUUAAAGGUGUUCUAGCAGUUAAAAGACAUUUAUUUUUGUGAAGCUAUUGAAGAUAGGG